GCGACUCCGGGGGCGCGGGCCGCCCCCUCCGCGGGUUUGGAUCCGGGUCAGUCAGCCGCCGCGAUCCGGGACAGACGAUCUGAACCGACGGUACUCGGUGGCCGGAGCGCUGCAGCUGCGAGGAGUAUUAGCAGGAACAUCCAUAGAAGUGUAAAAACUUGCACAAUGAAGUCCGAAGCCAAGGAUGGAGAGGAGGAGAGUCUACAAACUGCUUUCAAGAAGUUAAGAGUGGAUGCAUCGGGGUGCACAGCGUCUCUGUCUGUCGGAGAAGGCCCCAGUGUGAGAGCGUCCGUCAGAGCAGCAGCAGACGAUGCCAAGCCUAAAACCGCAUGCGCAUCGAAAGACAGUUGGCAUGGUUCUACAAGGAAGUCUUCACGAGGAGCAAUGAGAACACAGCGUCGUCGACGUUCUAAGUCUCCCGUCCUUCAUCCUCCGAAGUUCAUACAUUGCAGUACAAUAGCUGCUUCUUCCAGCAGCCAGCUCAAGCACAAAAGCCAGACUGACUCUCCUGAUGGCAGCAGUGGCCUGGGAAUUUCAACCCCUAAAGACUUCAGUGCAGGAGAAUGCUCUCCUCUCGAUACUAACCACACGGGGGCAGUUGUUGAGCCUUUGAGAACUUCGGUUCCAAGGCUGCCAUCAAAUAGUACGAAGGAAGACUCUUCUGAGGCUACUGAAGUCUCCCAAGCAAGUCUCAAGGCCAGUGAUCUCUCUGACUUUCAAUCGGUUUCCAAGCUAAACCCGGGCCAGCCAUGUGCAUGCCUAGGCAAGGAGUGCCAGUGUAAGAGGUGGCAUGAUAUGGAGGUGUACUCCUUCUCAGGCCUGCAGAAUGUCCCUCCCUUGGCCCCGGAACGAAGAUCCACGCUUGAGGACUACUCUCAGUCACUUCACACCAGAACUCUGUCUGGCUCUCCCCGCUCCUGUUCUGAACAAGCUCGCGUCUACGUGGAUGAUGUCACCAUUGAGGACCUGUCAGGCUACCUGGAAUAUUACUUGUAUAUUCCCAAGAAAAUGUCCCACAUGGCAGAAAUGAUGUACACCUGAUAGCAAGAAGCUAACUAACAUGCUGUAGACCAAUGAAGGGUUGUCAGAGAUUUAGUUAAUGGUAGACCUGGCAGCCACUUUGUGUGAGAAGACAUCUCCUUCUGCUCACUGUGCUUGCAAUAAAAACUUUACUUGGCAUCUCA